AUGUACCUGUGCUUGCCGCACACCUGUUGCAUCAUCUUGUUCCUCAAGGACCUGCCGCUGGCCUGGCACCUGUUACCGUUGCCCUCCGACGUGCUGGUGCUGAGUUCGGCGGGGAUCAUACGGGAGGCACUGGUCCGGCACUGUGGGGACUGGCUGGGGCGCCCCCCCAGUUACCUGGGGUCGCUGGUGUCGCAUGGAGGCCAGGACCUGGCGUUGGGGGGCCCAUGCCCUGGCUGGCGGCAGCAGCGGGGAGCAGCCCGGGGGGCGCUGGCACGGGCUGGGACACGGCUCGGGCCCCUCCUUUGGCUGCAGGGCCAGGAGUUGUGUGAGGAGCUGCGUUCCCAUGGGGGAGCCCCCCUGGACCCUUUUGAGGUGUUCACGUUCCACACCUGCAGCACCAUCGCACGCCUCCUCUUCGGGGACCUGGUGCCCCCGCCAGGGGAACUCCGGGCCUUCUCCUGCUGUCUGGGGGAGCUGCUGCAGGUUUGGGGGCGCAGCACUGUGCGGGCUCUUGAUCUGCUGCCCCCGCUGCGGGCCCUACCCAACCCGGGGCUGCGGGAGCUGCUGCGGCUUGUCCAGCACCGUGACGCCUUUGUGGAGGCCCAGAUCCGGCGGCACCAGGAGUGUCCCUCCCCCCCCUCGGACACAGUUUUGGGGGCGCUGCUGGGGUGUGAUCCUGGAGUGCAGGGGGCUCCCCUGAGCCCCCUCCGGCUGCACAUGGCGCUGGUCGACCUGUUCAUCGGGGGCACCGAGACGACAGCGGCUGCACUGGGCUGGGCUGUGGCCUUCCUGCUGCACCGCCCUGAGCUGCAGGCGCGGCUGCGGGCGGAGCUCAGGGGGCUACAGGGUCCCCCCGGGCCGGGGGACACGGGACGCCUGCCCCUCCUUCAGGCCACCGUCAGUGAGACUCUGCGGCUGCGGCCCCCCGCACCCCUGGGGCUGCCUCACUGUGCCCUGCGCCACACCAGCCUCGGAGGGCUCCCCAUAGUGGCUGGCACCAUCCUGGUCCCCAACCUGCUGGCAGCCCAGCAGGACCCUGUCAUCUGGCAGCAACCCGAGGCCUUCCUGCCUGAGCGGUUCCUGUCCCCGGGCGCUCCGUGGCGGUCGCUGCUGCCAUUUGGCUGUGGGGCACGAUCGUGCCCGGGAGAGGCGCUGGCGCGGGCCGAGCUCUUCGUGUUCCUGGGGCUGAUCCUGCGGGAGUUCCGACUGGAGCCGGGCCCGGAGGGACUGCCAGGACUUGGGGUGUCACCAGGAACCGUGCUGCGCUGCCCCCCAUUUCGUCUGCGCAUGGUGCCUUGCCAGCCCCCGGGCUCACCAUAACCCUGGCCUGGCCCCUGUGUGACUUCCUGAACACUCUGUGACUCACCCAACCCUUUCCGACCCUUUCGGAACAUACCUGACCCGUAUGUGACACCGCCUGAACUGGCUGACCUCAACCCCUUGACUGACCCCACCUGACCCUGAUCCCUCCCUGGCCUGGCUGUGAGCCUGGUCUGACCCCUGCCAGCCCUUGGCCUCACCUUGACACCAACCAUGACCCCAGCUGUGACUCUACCCAACCCCUUCUGACCCAGUCUGAACCCUGCGUGACCCCAUAUCUACCCACUUGACGGUUACUAAUUACACCUGACUCCACCUAAUCCCCCCAUCCCCUCCUGACCCCUGGGUCCCCCCUAUUCAACACCCCAGACGCCUGGGUCCCCCUCACCCGAUGCCAGGGCCACUGCAGUGGCGGGGGGUCACUGGCAGCAUUUACCUCCUUCCAAUAAAACUUAUACUUUUGACCCCACCCCGCAAGUCCCGGCUCUUCCUGGGACCCCGCCCACAAAACCUCCGGAACUCCGGGAAGCUACAGCCCCACCCCGACUCUGACUGGCAACACUCGGCACUUGCCACAGCCGCGACCCUCGGGACAGCAUUGGGGGAUCCUGGCCUGGGCGAUCUCCACUUCCCCCCUCCACAAAGCCCUUUCCGGGGGCGGCUGGGCUCAAGGUUGGGGUCGCAGCCCCGCGAGGCGCUCAUCCGUGCUGCUGGGCAGGCUGGCAACUGAGGACACGUAAUCAGGGCGCGCUCUGAUUGGCCGAGAUGCAUGGGUGUAUUGGGCACUGCUCCGCCUAGUAACUGAGGAGUCAUGAGCGAAAUGCAUUUUAAUUGGUUUAGUAUGGGGGCUGGGUUCUGCUGGUCUGCCUGGCAACUGAUGAGUCAUAAGCAAAGAGCGCUCUGAUUGGCUUGAAUGUGUUGAGGGCGGGAGGAAAGGAGAGCAGACCGCCCUCCCCAGAGCAACAUUCCGAGGUAGAGGGACUUGAGGAGAGGGGAGCUGGUGAGUUGGAGGGGAGAGUGCCCCGCCCCGAACCACUAUCCCGAG